AUGACGCAGGCAGUUGCGGUUGCGGUUCCUGGGCAGCUUCUUGGCCCUGCGGAUAAGUACUCCGCGGGCGCCGGGACGCAUAUCCACGAGGCGAACUUGUACUCGUCGCUGCUGGGCACAGUCGCUGUCGCGCAGCCUGAGAAGGUGCCUGGGCCUGCGAAGAGGUUGACGAGGAUUACAGCGUUGGCGGCGGGCAAUAAUGGCAGCAACAAUAACAGCGGCGGCGGCAGCAGCAGCAAUACCCUACCCACGAUCUCAGUCUCGCGCUCAGGUGUUUCGGAGAAGCGCGAGGUCCUACCCGAAGUCGGUAACGUGGUACUAUGCCGCGUAACGCGCAUCACGCCGAAGCACGCAUCGGUUGCGAUCCUCGUCGUCGGCGACACGGUACUCGAGGCCGAGUGGCAGGGCUUGGUCCGGGUGCAGGAUGUCCGAGCUACGGAGAAGGACAGGGUCAAGAUAUACGAGAGCUUCCGGCCGGGCGAUAUCGUGAGGGCGCAGGUGAUCUCACUCGGCGACCAGGCUAAUUAUUACCUCUCGACCGCGAGCAACGAACUCGGCGUCAUCAUGGCUACGAGCGAAGCUGGGAACCCGAUGUUUCCCGUCAGCUGGAAGGAGUAUAAAGACCCGGAGACUGGCCUUGGCGAGCCCCGGAAGGUCGCAAAGCCGUUUUGA